AUGUCGCGUAAACAAGAUACAUUAGCAGUGUGUGGAAAUCCUUUAUACCUUGAGUGGUUAAAAGUUUGGAUGGAAAAUGCCAAGGAUAAUAAUAAUACCAAACUUUAUUACACGUACAAAAAGGCUUUUGAGUCCAUGUCAGUAUAUCCAUUACCAUUUAAUCAUCCAAGGGAAGCAGCUAUUUUAAGUGGUAUUGGUCCUAUCAUUUGCAAAAAGUUAGAGAAAAAAUUAAAAGAACAUUGUGAUGAACAUGAUUUGACCAUGCCUGAACCUCCUGAUGAAAUCUCAAGUUCUAAGCAAGUUGUUGUGACAGAAAAUAUAAAUCAAGAUCAAGAAAAAAGAAAUUCUAAUUUCUUUGAACCAAAGAAAAGAAAAAAAGCCACAUCAUCAAAAACAUAUGUUCCAAAAUAUCGUACUGGUCCCUAUGCAAUCAUGGUAGCAUUAUACAAAUCUUAUAAAGAUGAAUUGACUCACAGUAUGACAAAAUCAGAUUUGUUAAGGGAAGCUCAAAAAUAUUCUGAUACAUCCUUUGAAGUAUCAAACAAUCGUAGAAAACAUUACACAGCCUGGAGUUCUGUGAAAAUUUUGUUAGAAAGAGAUUAUGUAUAUAAAAGUGGAUGUCCCUCAAGGUUUUCAUUAACAGAUAUUGGCAUGUCAGUUGCUCAACAAAUGGCCGAUAUUCAAAUCGAACAAGGGCAUGAGGCUAUAAAUACAGUUGAUGAAAACCAGCUAAACUCAAAUGAUGAGAAAAAUGUCAAUGAAAGUGAUACUAUAGAAAUAAAAGAAAGUGUGGCUAGUAACACUGAAGGAAACCAGCAGGGAGCUAUUGAAAUUGAAGAUAAUUUGACUGCUGAACCUGUUUUGACAUUAGAACCAUAUUGUUCCAAUAAUAUUAAUUUACCAAACUAUGAUUUUGAGGAUCGAGAUUUUAUACAAGAUGCAUUAAUAAACAGAGGAGUGAAAUUAUCUGUUAGAAGUUUAGAACUUGGUGAUGUUUUAUGGGUGGCUAAAAAAUAUGGAUCAACCACAAAAGAUGAAGAAAUUGUAUUAGACUAUAUUAUUGAAAGGAAAAGAAUGGAUGAUUUGAUAGGAAGUAUCAAAGAUGGAAGAUUUAGAGAACAAAAGUUCCGUCUUUCUAAGUCUGCAAAUUUACCUAACGUAAUAACUACUGCUACGACUUCUUCAAUACAAUCUUCAAAACUUAACACUAAUACAAGUCCCACUACAUCUCAGAUUAUUAAUGGCAAAAGUGAUCUUUCCAACGAAAUCCAAUCUUCCGCUGCUUCUUCAACCACUAAAUCCACACCAGCAAGAUGGGCUGAUCUUCUUCGUACAAAUGGUGCAAAUAAUCAUAAUUCUGCACAAUCUACUCCUCAAAAAUCUAAUAAUACCACUCCAAAAUUACAAAGCUCUUCAACAUUUGCGAAACAAAGGAAAUCUUCUGUCUCGUUGCCCAACGGUAAGCCUAUUUUGAAUGGCUUGACAGGCAUUUUGAAAAGUUAUGAACUGUCGUUAAAAGGAACUUUUAUUCAACCUCGAGGUCUUAUGAAUAAUGGAAACACAUGUUUCAUGAAUGCCAUUUUACAACCGCUUUCUCAUUGUCCUCCAUUAUACAACCUACUCAUGACUGUUAGUAAAGAAGUAGCUCAUAGUUUUAAAAGCAAAACUCCACUCAUAGAUUCUCUUGUUAUGUUUAUGAAUGAGUAUAAACAAUCAAAGCUUGGCGAUAAUGCCGAAGAAACUCCUGUCAGUAGAAUAUUCGGAGGGCAAUUUAGAUCUGUUUUGAAAUGUCCUGGAAGCAAUGAUUCAAUCACUUUACAACCUUAUCAGUCUUUACAAUUAGAUAUUCAACCUGAUGAUGUCAAGACCAUUGGUGAUGCUUUAAAAAACCUUACAGCUCCUGAACGUGUGGAUGAUUUUUAUUCUACUCAAAAAGGAGGAAAUGCUACAAAAAACUUAUCUAUUCAAACGUUACCACCAAUACUUAUACUCCAUUUGAAAAGAUUUGUUUACGAUAAUGUCGGCGGUACGCAAAAAUUGAGCAAAUUUAUUAGUUAUCCAGCAAAAUUAAAUAUUCAAGCCGAUAUGUUUGCUCCUAGUCGCCGGCCAUCUCAACCGGCAGAAUAUAAACUUUUCGUGGUCUACCACCAUGGAAAAUCGGCAAUGGGGGGACAUUACACCUGUGAUAUUCUUCGUCAGAAUGCUGAAUGGCUCCACAUUGAUGAUACGGUGAUCACGCCGAUAUCAGCUGAGGAUGUGGCGCUAGCUGAGUGUCCUACUCAGCCAACUGAUCGGUUGGCCUACAUCUUGUUCUAUAUGAAAUCCAACUGA